GAGAAACGCAAAUUAUUACAAAGAAACGAGUUGUGUCUUCAAAUCCCGGAAGUCGUAGUUUCGCGCCAGCUUUAGUUCACGUGGUUUAUUAUUCCCGCGAAGUUCAUAACAAAGAUUUGGAUUCUGAUCUAAAAGAAUACGUGCUCUCUGACUGAUUGUGCUCCAAAAUGGCAGGAUUUGAUGAUCCAGGAAUCUUUUUCUCUGACAAUUUUGGAUCAGAAGAUCAACCUGAUGAUGGCAGGAUUAAUCGAGCCGCCUUGCAACGUCGUUUCAAGGACUUUCUUCGAAAGUUUCAUGAUGCAAACUUUUCCUACAAAUACCGAGAUGAGCUUAAGCGUCAUUACAACUUGGGUCACUACUUCUUGGAGAUCAGUCUUGAUGAUUUGGCCAGCUUUGAUGAAGAUUUGGCUGACCAAUUACAAAAACAACCAGCUGAAUACCUUCCAUUGUUUGAGGAAGCAGCUAAGGAAACCGCUGAUGAAGUGACAAGACCCAGGCCUGAAGAAGAUGAAGAUGUCCAAGAUAUUCAGAUCAUGCUCAAAUCUGAAGCCAACCCCAUCCCAAUCAGGAACCUGAAAUCUGAAGAGGUCUCAAAGCUUAUCAAGAUUCCAGGUAUUGUGAUUGCUGCAUCAGCAAUCCGUGCUAAGGCAACACGCAUUACCAUCCAGUGUCGUAGCUGCAGGAACUAUGUACCUAAUCUAACUCUUAAGCCCGGGCUAGAGGGUUACACCAUGCCUCGUAAAUGCAACACUGAUCAGGCGGGAAGACCUAAGUGCCCAUUGGAUCCAUUCUUUAUUGUACCAGACAAGUGUAAGUGUGUAGACUUUCAGAUUUUGAAGCUUCAGGAGGCUCCUGAGGAUGUACCCAAUGGUGAGAUGCCAAGACAUUUACAGCUAUUCUGUGACAGGUAUUUGUGUGAGAAGGUUGUUCCUGGUAAUAGAGUGACCAUCAUUGGAGUCUAUUCCAUCAAGAAGGCUGGACCAGUUUCCAAGCGUACACGUAAGAACAAGGUAGCAGUAGGAAUCCGUAACCCUUACAUCCGUGUUGUUGGUAUUGAAGUUGAUCAGGAAGGGUUAGGAAGGACUAGUGCUGCCCAUCAGGUUACUCCUCAAGAAGAAGAAGAGUUCAGGCGUCUUUCUGCCAAUCCUAAUGUCUAUGACAUCAUCGCGCGUAGUAUAGCACCCUCUAUCUAUGGAAGUAUAGAUGUAAAGAAGGCGAUCUCAUGUCUGUUGUUUGGCGGAUCCCGUAAGCGUCUUCCUGAUGGUCUGAUACGCCGUGGUGACAUCAAUCUCCUGUUGCUAGGUGACCCUGGUACAGCUAAGAGUCAGCUUCUCAAGUUUGUAGAGAAGGUCUCUCCUAUUGGGGUUUACACAUCAGGAAAAGGAAGCAGUGCUGCUGGUCUUACUGCAUCAGUUAUGAGGGAUCCAGCAACACGAAACUUCAUCAUGGAAGGUGGAGCUAUGGUGUUGGCGGAUGGCGGUGUUGUUUGUAUUGACGAGUUUGACAAGAUGAGAGAGGAUGAUCGUGUAGCUAUUCAUGAGGCUAUGGAACAACAAACGAUCUCCAUUGCCAAGGCAGGGAUUACCACUACACUGAACUCAAGGGCAUCGGUUCUGGCUGCGGCCAACUCAGUCUUUGGACGAUGGGAUGAUACUAAAGGGGAUGAGAACAUAGACUUCAUGCCUACCAUCCUGUCUCGUUUUGACAUGAUCUUCAUUAUAAAAGAUGAGCAUGAUGAAGCUAGAGAUAUGAGACUAGCCAAGCAUGUGAUGGGUGUACACAUGCAUGCACAGGUUACUGCUACAGCUCAAGAGGGAGAACUAAGCCUAAAUUUCCUCAAGAAAUACAUUGGAUUCAUUCGCAACAAAUGUGGACCACGCAUCUCUAACGCUGCUGCUGACAAACUGAAGAAUCGUUAUGUCUUGAUGAGAAGUGGAGCUAGAGAUCAUGAGAUGGAGACUGAUAGGAAGACUAGCAUACCAAUCACUGUCAGGCAACUUGAAGCCAUCAUCCGUAUAUCAGAAUCCCUUGCUAAGAUGAAGCUGAAACCUUUUGCCAGUGAGGAAGAUGUAGAUGAAGCUUUGAGACUCUUCCAGGUUUCUACGCUAGAUGCUGCUAGGACUGGAAACCUGUCUGGUGUUGAAGGCUUUACAACCCAAGAGGAUCAAGAUGAGUUGAAUCAUAUUGAAAGACAGCUGAAGAGGAGGUUUGCCAUUGGCUCUCAGGUUUCAGAACAUUGUAUCAUCCAAGACUUCCUUAGACAGAAAUACCCGGAACGUUCCAUCCAGAAGGUGAUAUACCUUAUGAUGCGCAGAGGUGAGGUCCAGUAUCGAAUGCAACGAAAGAUGCUCUACCGUAUCAAGUGAAUAUAACCUCUACAGCCAUCUUUACCCUAAUACAAGGAGUCCUUGAGAUGUCUAUUUCACAAAGCAGGUCUCGGUUUAAAGACAUACCAGGGAAACAAUAUGCCAGCCUUGGGGCGAUGUUGACCCCCUAAAUGCCCUUAAAAACCUAGAAAAACUUCAAAGAGAGCCCCUGUAAUUCCUAUUCGUUCUGAUGUAAACCUGAAUACAUUGUAUCAAGUUAGGGCUUAUGGAAAUUACCUACUAUACACCUUAGUAUAUAUAAUAUUAGUAAGUAUAAUAUUAGGUGGGUAGGACAUUUAAUGACCAUUUGCCUGGAACCUUGGUCUUAUACCAGAUGUAUUUACAAGUGGUAUUGACUGAUUCAUCAGAAAUCAUUUGCUUUUAAGUCAUUGAUAUGAUCGAUAAUUGAUUGAGAUAAUAUAUUGAUAUUGCUAUUUUGAUACUGACAAAGCUAUUCAAUAUCUCAUUGUCGUGUAAAUGUUUGUAGCAUAGUGUAAAUAUUUAUGAAAAAUAUUAUAAACUAUACCAAUAUAUCUUCUUGGUAGAGAAAAUCCCUCGCCAAAUAUUGAGUCAAUAUAAUUGAUAUGAAAUUGAUCUUAAGACUGUUGUCAGUCCAAAUUACUCUUAUAAAGUCAUAUUUGGUUUCUCAUGCACUAUUAAAUUAAAAGCUGGAAUCCAUUCUCGAUGGUGUUUCAUGUUAUUUUGAAGUCAUGCAUAAAGUUACAAUUUGAAUAUGAAUUAUAUGAUUAUGAUUGAAUAUGUAUGACAAAUGAUGAGGUAAAAAAUUGUCCCUACAUUUGAACAAAACUGCGAAUAAUUCACAUUUUGUCCAAGAAGUAUGCUUUGCUGUAAAACUGUUUGAAUGUCAUAUCUUCAUAUUCUAAUUUAAGCUAUUCUGAUGAUGAAUGAGAAAUUUAUUUUGGUUCCUAUGUUUAUCCUGUGUAACAAAUCUCUACUCAUUAACAAGCUAAUGUGCGAGAUUUAAUUCACUUAGAGCAAAAAUUACUUGUGGAUGCCACUCUGGCUCAUGUCAGAUGAAUCGUGUUGUAUAAAUGUAAUAAAGUCUACUUUGUGUGUAGCAUUUUGUAAAAUUAUAUUUGAUAUACCGAGUUUAUUGAUAAAUAUCCCAUUGUAAGUUUGUAAAUAAAGUCUUUUGUAAGCCUUA